AGGGCACCUGCUUGCAGGGUGGAAGAUUCCCCAAGGAAAAUUAAGUCGGACUAAGUUAUAUCACUGAAAGAUGGUUAUUUUAUUAGGGCACUGGUGUGAAGCAGCUGAAGCGCAGUUUGCAGCUGACACGUGCAGUGCUUGCUGAAAAUCAUGACCCCUUCUGCUUCACCUGCGUACAUUAAGGAGACACUUGAGCCGUGUGCCCACACAGAACAAGUGGAGUAGCUGGGAAGAUCCAUGCAGCUGCAGAAGGAUAAUGGCAGGAAAAGUGAAGUGGGUCACUGAUAUAGAAAAAUCUGUUCUCAUAAACAACUUUGAGAAAAGAGGCUGGAUUCAGGUGUCAGAAAAUGAAGAUUGGAAUUUUUAUUGGAUGAGUGUACAAACAAUCAGGAAUGUUUUCAGUGUGGAAACUGGUUACCGCCUUUCCGAUGACCAAAUUGUCAAUCAUUUCCCAAACCACUAUGAACUGACCAGGAAGGAUUUGAUGGUAAAGAAUAUCAAGCGAUACAGAAAGGAACUUGAGAAAGAAGGGAGUCCUCUUGCAGAAAAGGAUGAAAAUGGGAAAUAUGUCUAUUUGGAUUUUGUACCUGUUACGUUUAUGCUUCCUGCUGACUACAAUCUCUUUGUUGAAGAAUUCAGGAAAAAUCCCUCCAGCACUUGGAUUAUGAAACCCUGCGGGAAAGCUCAAGGGAAAGGCAUAUUUCUUAUCAAUAAACUCUCUCAAAUUAAAAAGUGGUCUCGAGACAGCAAAACAUCUUCAUUUGUAUCUCAGUCCUCCAAAGAAGCUUAUGUGAUUUCUCUCUAUAUCAACAACCCCUUGUUGAUUGGUGGAAAGAAAUUUGACCUGCGUCUGUAUGUUUUGGUAUCUACCUACCGUCCACUGAGGUGUUAUAUGUAUAAACUUGGAUUUUGUCGGUUUUGUACAGUGAAAUAUACGCCAAGUACAAGUGAACUGGAUAACAUGUUUGUUCAUCUUACCAAUGUUGCCAUUCAGAAGCAUGGGGAUGAUUACAAUCAUAUCCAUGGAGGCAAGUGGACAGUGAGCAACCUGCGCCUGUACCUGGAAAGCACCCGUGGCAAGGAAGUCACCAACAAGCUCUUUGAUGAAAUCCAUUGGAUAAUUGUGCAGUCGCUGAAGGCUGUGGCCCCUGUAAUGAAUAAUGACAAACACUGCUUUGAGUGUUAUGGAUACGACAUUAUCAUUGAUGACAAGCUUAAGCCGUGGCUAAUUGAGGUCAAUGCUUCCCCUUCUCUUACUUCCAGUACUGCUAACGAUCGCAUCCUGAAGUACAAUCUCAUUAACGACACCCUUAACAUCGCUGUGCCUAACGGGGAAAUUCCAGACUGUAAAUGGAAUAAAUCUCCCCCAAAAGAGGUUCUCGGCAAUUAUGAAGUCCUAUACGAUGAAGAGAUGGCACAAAGUGAUGGGCCUGAUCGUGACAUGCGAAGUCGUUCUGGGCAAUCCACUGGAAUAAAAGGAAAUCGUGCAAGAGAUUCAGGAAAGCCUGUGCUAACCACUUGGAAGUGAUGGCAAAGUAAAAUCGGUGUCAACGACCUCAGCUCUUGUUGAAAUUCAGAGCUGCAUUGUUGGUAGGAAGACACAAAGAAGCAAAAUGUAAUUCUUGAACAGAUUGUGAUAUUUUGCUCUGUUACGUGUGAGUAUUAUUAGAAGGGGAUGAUACAGCCUUUAAAAGACGUGAAACAAAGCCUCUAAAGUCAGGAAUUGCACCGAAGAUGCACUGAAUUGCCAGUUAAUAACAUAUAUAUAUGUAUAUAUUGCUAUAUAUAAUAUAUAACUGAUUUCAUGCUGUAUGUGGUUCUGUUAGCCCUCUGAAAGCAAUGAAUUUGAUUAAACUUUUGGAAGAGUAGCUAUUCACACUGUGGAGAAACUAACCUUCUUUUAGUGAUGAUUAAGAGCUUUCUUUAGAGUUGACAGCUCAAAUUAGACAUUCUAACAGGAACCUCUGGAUCAUAAUUGGUUUCCUAGGAGAGCCUCUCUGUAAUCCUCUCAAAACRUGGAGAUUCUGUGAAAGGGUGGCAGUGAUGAGCAUGAGAGCUGUAUAUUGUCACAGUGAUUUCAGUCUCUUGUUCAUAGGAAAUGAGUAAUUAAUAAAAAUUGCAGUACAUGGAGUUGAGGCUCUGGCCAGUGAAUGCAGCUAAUGAUUUAUAACCAGUAUCACGAUCCUAGAAAGCAAAUCUUUAUGUGCUGAGGGUCUUUUUCCCCUUGAAAAGUUUUGAGCUGCUACAUUUCUAGAGGUAGAAAGUUUCAUGACUAGAGGGACUGUAUCACAUGCUAUAUGCAUGUGAUGUUUUAUAUAUAUUGUAAUGCUGUAUUGCAUUAAUUUGUUAGGUAUUUAUUUUUAUUCCGAGAUAAUACACAUCUUUAUAGAGAAGCAGACAGGACAACUUCAUACU